AUGUCAUCGAACGCGCCGUGCGGGGCCUGCAAGUUCCUGCGGCGAAAGUGCACGCCGAAUUGCUUGUUUGCACCAUACUUUCCGACGGAUCAGGUGACGAACUUCGUGUAUGUGCACCGCAUGUUUGGGGCAAGCAAAUUGGCGCGCAUGCUCGGUGACCUGAACCCCGCGCAGCGACAGGAUGCCGUCAAUACGCUGGUCUAUGAAGCGGAGGCGCGGCUCCGCGAGCCCGUUUAUGGCUGUGCGGGCUACAUCUGCCUUCUCCAACAGAGGCUCGAGCGAAUCCAGAAUGAACUCUACAACGUCGAGAAAGAGCUUGCCACCUACAUCGACCCUGCUGCCUUCGAUCCCUUCCUCCCCCCUCUCCACCACCAGCAUCAGGACCAACACGGCCACCACCACCGCCAAGGGUUCUAUCCUUCGUCCACAGCGACCUACGGCGUCCUGGGAAUGGGGACCAUUGCGGGGCUUGGUGUUGCCGCACCCGGCACAUCGCACUACCCGCAGAUCUUGAUACCUGAACAGGCGCAGCAGCAGCAGCCGCAGCCGCCGCGGAUAGUGGAGGCGCAACAAAUGGCCAUGGCUGCUUUGGCUGCAGCGAGAGAGCAAGACAUGCUGAGGAGCUUCGAGCAGCAGCAAGAACUGGCCAAAUUCAAUUCCGAGUUUCUGGACAGUGGUCAGGGCUAUAAUAAGAUCGAUUAUGGCACCAUGGUGUCUGCAAUGCCGGCGGGGUCGUCCUGUGAGCUCCCGCUGGUUCCGGCGCAGCCAUUCGAGUUGUCAUUUGCUGUGCAUCCUCAGCACUACCCCGAACAGCAACCCCAGCAGCAGCAGCAGUGGCAGACACAGACGCAGCACCAGAGAGCCCAGAGCCAUUACGGGAGGAGUGACAUCGGUCCGUCAUAUUGA